CCACGAGAGAUAUGCCCCGCAAUACGGGCAGCUGACGGAUUCUCCUCGACUUUUCUGUUUUCUAUUUCUUUCUGGUGUUCUCGAGAACUCUUCUUCGUUCAUCUUCUCUUCCCAAUUCCCCCGACUUGAGACACAGAGCGGCAAGAUGAGCACAACCACAACAGUCGCGCCUGCAAAGGCAAACAUUGGUGUUUACACGAACCCAGAGCAUGAGCUGUGGGUUGCUGAGGCAGAGCCUAGCUUGGAGGAAGUGCAGAGGGGUGGAGAUCUCAAGAUUGGUGAGGUUCUUCUGAACGUCAAGAGCACCGGUAUCUGUGGAAGCGACAUUCACUUCUGGCACGCGGGAUGCAUUGGUCCUAUGAUCGUUGAAGACACACACAUUCUCGGCCACGAGUCUUCAGGCAUAGUAAUGGCCGUGCACGACUCGGUCACAAACCUCAAGGUCGGCGACCGCGUCGCGAUCGAGCCCAACAUCAUCUGCCACAAGUGCGAGCCCUGCCUGACAGGCCGUUACAAUGGCUGCGAGUCGGUCGAGUUCCUCUCCACACCGCCCGUCACCGGCCUGCUGCGUCGCUACCUCAAGCACCCGGCCAUGUGGUGCCACAAGAUGCCCGACAGCAUGACCUUUGAGGACGGCGCCAUGCUUGAGCCCCUCUCCGUCGCCCUCGCAGGCUUCGACCGGGCCAACGUCCGCCUCGGCGACCCCGUGCUUGUCUGCGGCGCCGGCCCCAUCGGGCUCGUCACUCUACUGUGUGCGCAGGCGGCGGGUGCUGCCCCCCUCGUCAUCACCGACAUCGACCAGGGCCGGCUCGACUUUGCGCGCAAACUGGUCCCCCGGGUGCUCACGCACAAGGUCGAGUUCAGCCACAGCGUCGCAGACUUCCAGGCUGCGAUCCUCGCGCUCACCAACGGUGUCGAGCCGUCGCACGCCCUUGAGUGCACCGGCGUCGAGUCGUCGAUCGCGGGCGCCAUCCAGACGGUCAAGUUCGGCGGCAAGGUCUUUGUUAUCGGUGUGGGCAAGAACGAGAUCAAGAUUCCGUUUAUGCGACUCUCGACGCGCGAGGUCGACCUGCAGUUCCAAUACCGCUACUGCAACACAUGGCCCAAGGCGAUCCGGCUGGUCGAGAGCGGCGUGAUCAAGCUCGGGGAGCUGGUGACGCACCGGUUCGCGCUCGAGGAUGCGGUCGAGGCGUUCAAGACGGCGAGUGAUCCCAAGACGGGCGCUAUCAAGGUGCAGAUUCAGAGCUUGGGGGAUUAGAUGGCGGGUGUAGUAGUGGUGGUUGUGUGGAUGGCUGGGCAAAUUAGACAGUGGAGUGAUACCUAUGAGCAAAUCAAAAGAUAACCUGAUGCAAUUUGUAGGCUUCUGCACUUGACUGUGUGAUGUAUUGCACCCAGGCAGGUCCAAACAGUACUUGGCAAAAU